AAAAACCGCUGUGGGGACAACAAUGGAGGCUGCACUCACCUGUGUCUACCCAGUGGCCAGAAUUACACCUGCGCCUGCCCCACUGGCUUCCGCAAGAUCAACAGCCACGCCUGUGCCCAGAGAUGGACAUCCGUCGGAUCAGCUUCGACACAGAGGACCUGUCCGACGAUGUCAUCCCACUGGCUGACGUGCGCAGUGCUGUGGCCCUGGACUGGGACUCCCGGGAUGACCACGUGUACUGGACCGAUGUCAGCACUGAUACCAUCAGCAGAGCCAAGUGGGAUGGAACAGGACAGGAGGUGGUAGUGGAUACCAGUUUGGAAAGCCCUGCUGGCCUGGCAAUUGAUUGGGUCACGAACAAGCUCUACUGGACAGAUGCAGGUACAGACCGAAUUGAAGUGGCGAACACAGACGGCAGCAUGAGAACAGUGCUCAUCUGGGAGAACCUUGAUCGUCCCCGGGACAUCGUGGUAGAGCCCAUGGGCGGGUACAUGUAUUGGACUGACUGGGGUGCGAGCCCCAAGAUUGAACGAGCUGGCAUGGAUGCCUCCAGACGUCAAGUCAUCAUCUCCUCUAACCUGACCUGGCCUAACGGAUUAGCUAUUGACUACGGGUCCCAGCGGCUAUACUGGGCUGAUGCCGGCAUGAAGACUAUUGAAUUUGCUGGGCUGGAUGGCAGCCAGAGGAAGGUGCUGAUUGGAAGUCAGCUCCCCCACCCUUUUGGGCUGACUCUCUAUGGACAGCGCAUCUAUUGGACCGACUGGCAGACCAAAAGUAUACAAAGCGCUGACCGGCUGACCGGGUUAGAUCGGGAGACUCUACAGGAGAACCUAGAAAAUCUCAUGGACAUCCAUGUCUUCCACCGCCAGAGGCCUCCAGUGAUAACGCCAUGUGCUGUGGAGAAUGGUGGCUGCAGCCAUUUGUGUCUCCGGUCCCCAAAUCCAAGCGGCUUCAGCUGUACCUGCCCCACGGGCAUCAACCUGCUGAUUGAUGGCAAGACGUGUUCACCAGGCAUGAACAGCUUCCUCAUCUUCGCCAGGAGGAUCGAUGUGCGCAUGGUCUCCUUGGAUAUCCCUUAUUUUGCUGAUGUGGUGGUCCCAAUCAACAUGACCAUGAAGAACACCAUUGCCAUCGGAGUGGACCCUCUGGAAGGAAAAGUGUACUGGUCUGACAGCACGCUGCACAGGAUCAGUCGUGCCAGCCUGGAUGGCUCACAGCAUGAGGACAUCAUCACCACAGGUCUGCAGACCACAGAUGGACUUGCAGUGGAUGCCAUCGGCCGGAAAGUGUACUGGACGGACACAGGGACCAAUCGGAUAGAAGUUGGCAACCUGGAUGGGUCUAUGCGGAAAGUGUUGGUGUGGCAGAACCUUGACAGUCCCCGGGCCAUUGUACUGUACCACGAAAUGGGGUUCAUGUACUGGACAGACUGGGGAGAGAAUGCCAAGUUAGAGCGGUCUGGAAUGGAUGGUUCAGAUCGCACUGUGCUCAUCAACAACAACCUAGGGUGGCCCAAUGGGCUGACUGUGGACAAGGCCAGCUCCCAACUGCUGUGGGCUGAUGCCCACACUGAGAGAAUUGAGGCGGCCGACCUGAAUGGUGCCAAUCGGCAUACGUUGGUGUCACCAGUACAGCACCCAUAUGGCCUCACUCUGCUUGACUCCUAUAUCUACUGGACCGACUGGCAGACCCGCAGCAUCCACCGGGCCGACAAGAACACAGGCAGCAACGUCAUCUUGGUGAGGUCCAACCUGCCAGGCCUCAUGGACAUCCAAGCUAUUGACCGGGCACAACCGCUGGGUUUUAAUAAGUGCGGCUCAAGAAACGGUGGCUGUUCCCACCUCUGUUUACCUCGGCCUUCUGGUUUCUCCUGCGCCUGCCCCACUGGCAUCCAGCUGAAGGGGGACGGGAAGACCUGUGAUCCCUCCCCAGAGACCUACCUGCUCUUCUCUAGCCGAGGCUCCAUUCGGCGCAUCUCCCUGGACACCGAGGACCACACAGAUGUGCAUGUCCCUGUUCCUGGGCUCAACAACGUCAUCUCCCUAGACUAUGACAGUGUGGAUGGAAAGGUCUACUACACAGAUGUGUUCCUGGAUGUUAUCAGGCGAGCGGACCUGAAUGGCAGCAACAUGGAGACUGUUAUCGGACACGGGCUGAAGACCACUGAUGGCCUGGCCGUGGACUGGGUUGCCAGAAACCUGUAUUGGACAGAUACAGGCCGAAAUACCAUCGAAGCGUCUCGUCUAGACGGUUCCUGUCGCAAAGUGCUGAUCAACAACAGUCUAGACGAGCCCCGGGCCAUUGCUGUUUUCCCCAGAAAGGGGUACCUCUUCUGGACAGACUGGGGCCACAUUGCCAAGAUCGAACGGGCCAACCUGGAUGGUUCUGAGCGGAAGGUCCUCAUCAACACAGACCUAGGCUGGCCCAACGGCCUUACCUUGGACUAUGAUACCCGCAGGAUCUACUGGGUCGAUGCCCAUCUGGAUCGGAUCGAGAGCGCUGACCUGAGCGGGAAGCUGCGGCAGGUCUUGGUCAGCCACGUGUCCCACCCCUUUGCCCUCACACAGCAGGAGAGGUGGAUCUACUGGACAGACUGGCAGACCAAGUCCAUCCAGCGUGUCGACAAGUACUCGGGCCGCAACAAGGAGACAGUGCUGGCCAAUGUGGAGGGACUCAUGGACAUCAUCGUGGUGUCCCCUCAGCGGCAGACAGGGACCAAUGCCUGUGGUGUGAACAAUGGUGGCUGUACCCACCUCUGCUUUGCCAGAGCCUCCGACUUUGUGUGUGCCUGUCCUGAUGAGCCCGACAGUCAUCCCUGCUCCCUUGUACCUGGCCUAGCGCCUCCCGCUCCCAGAGCUACCAGCAUGAGUGAAAGGAGCCCAGUGCCACCCAACACAUUGCCCACCACCCUGCAUUCUUCUACCGCCAGGACCCGCACAGCCCUGGAGGGGGCAGGAAGAUGCUCUGAAAGGGAUGCCCAGCUGGGCCUCUGUGUACAUUCCAAUGAGGCUGUACCUGCUGCUCCAGGUGAAGGACUUCACAUCGGCUACGCCGUUGGUGGGCUCCUCAGUGUUCUGUUGAUUUUGAUGGUGAUCGCAGCUUUGAUGCUAUACAGACACAGAAAAUCUAAACUCACGGACCCUGGGAUGGGAAACCUGACCUACAGCAACCCCUCCUACCGAACUUCCACCCAGGAAGUGAAAAUUGAAGCAGUUCCCAAACCAGCCAUGUAUAAUCAACUGUGCUAUAAGAAAGAGGGUGGACCUGACCACAACUACACCAAGGAGAAGAUCAAGAUUGUAGAGGGAAUUUGCCUCCUCUCUGGAGAUGAUGCUGAAUGGGAUGACCUCAAGCAACUGCGAAGCUCCCGGGGGGGCCUUCUACGGGAUCACGUGUGCAUGAAGACAGACACAGUGUCCAUCCAGGCCAGCUCUGGCUCCCUGGAUGACACGGAGACAGAGCAGCUGCUGCAAGAAGAGCAGUCUGAGUGUAGCAGUGUCCACACUGCAGCCACGCCCGAAAGACGGGGCUCUCUGCCAGACACGGGCUGGAAACAUGAACGCAAGCUCUCCUCAGAGAGCCAGGUCUAAGGGGCCACAUUCUUCCCUGCCUGCCCGCUCCUUCUCCUCUGUGGACCUCUGAUCCUUGUGCUCACAUAACAGCAGGCCUCUUUCCCAUGUGCUCAUCUUCCUCCUCCCACCCCAAACUGCUUCCAAGCCCCCCUAGAACCUGUUACUCACCUGAGUCCACAACUUACCUGGGGACAAGAAAUGAGGGCACAUCUCAAGAAUUUAGACCUGUUUACUGUGAACCUCACCUCUUGUGCUCCAUCCUGGGCCCCCUGAAACUGGGCUCAGCAUGAUUCCUGGUCAGCAUAGAGCUUCAUCUCUCUUUCCUCUGGCACCUUCUGUGCCCUGCCCCAGAGUACCGAUGCAAUUGAUGAUGUAAGACUCUUCCCCAGCACAGCUGACAUGAUGGUUUCUCUGUGAACUGGCCUACUAGGGGCUGGGCCUGGAGGUCACAGGUAAAGGGUAAUGGAUAGAGGUCGAGAGAGGGGAAAAUCAUCCCAGCUGGUCUGGGUGUUUGGGAAACCUCCAGCCUCAUAUGUUGGUAACGAUGAAAAGUUUGUGUGGGGUACUUGAGGCCUGGUGUCUUGUCCAUUGCUGGCAGUGGACAUUCUUCUCACCCAGGAAUCACAGCUUUGUCAGCUGUGAUACAGGUGAAGUGUGAGUAUGGCUUAAGCUGUUCUUCCUGCUGGAAUGUCUGGGGCCAAUUCUACCUUGGAUAACUGGAGGCCCCUGUCAUGGUAACUCACUAAUAGGAACUCCCUCCUGGUGCUGCUGCUGGCCAGUACUCUUCCUAAGCCUUUAACUAUGCUGUGAGCUUGAAUGAACAGCGGGUGGGCCUUGGAGACUAGACCUCUAAGACUUUUAAGAAGCUCUGCAUAGAUUAAGCACAGUAUCCGAUGGGCUUCACUGUUCUUUCCCCCAUUCUCUGGGGUUCUAAGAGAAGCAAUUCUCUAACAGCCUCUCAAAGAAUGACUAGACAUUUUCCUAAAUGGUCAGGAAGAACAGCUAGAGAGAGACAAGAUACCCAGGGGCCCAGGAGAAGUAUUAUGAGGUUCAUUCUCAAGUGCUCAGGGACACAAGUUCAUGGACACAACCUGGGACUUUAGGGUGGAAAAGCUCACUGCCAACUCUCCCCAGCCACUGUCCACACUAAACUGCCACCACUUGCGUCAUGCUCCUUUCGACCAAGGGCUUCUCUCAGCAGAGCUGAGACCUUUUUGUGUUGCCCUAAAAUGUCUUCCCGGCUCUUCACUUCUGAGAGAGGGGCGUCUAGGUUUGCUUUUUCUAAUCCAUCCUGAUGGCACCAUCAGUCUCACAGGUCCAGUGAUGAAGAGGGCCAAGGAAGAUGCAAAGUGGCGAGCCAGGAGAAGAAAGGCAGUAAGAACCAGUCCAGAGCAAGCCCAGGCACUUCUCUCUAGAAACUGAGGCACAGGAGAGACUGACAGGAGCUGAGCGUGGAGGGGAGAGCUUUUAGGGGAAUUUUCCUGAUUUAAAACAUCUCUCAUGGUUAUUGCUAUUCAGAGAUCAGCAGCAAAGCAUAUGCAUGAAAAACAGGACAAGAUCAAAUCUUCUCUGGUUAGUUACAGGAGUAGGAGACAGAUGUCAAAGCAUUAGUCUUGUUCUCAGGCCUUUUCCAGUGCACCAAUUAAAAAAGUACAGUGCCACUCCUAAGAGGAAGUAGGGACAUUUCACGCUGAAUGAGGCAGCAUUUGAGUCUUUAAAUUCAUAGUUGGAGAGGAGGAAAAAAAAAACCAAGAAGAGUAGCAUUCUCCUGAGUGGAAAGGGGCAAGGUUCUUAUUGCACUUGGGCUGUUUGGAAUGUAGAAAGGACAUAUUUGAGGAAAUAUCUAUUUGAGCACUGAUUUACUCUGUACAAAGGGCAAAAUCUCUCUGUCCUAAACUAAUGGAAUUGAUUUUUCCCAUGCUCAUGUGUAAUGAUUUUAACAUUACUUACUGGAGAGAUUGGACUUUCUGGAGUUAUUUAACCACUAUGUUCAGUGUUUUAGGGCUUUAUGAUAAUUUAAUAUAAAUUUAGCUUUUCUUAAUUA